CGUCUUUGCGCUGCGAAAACAAAACAACAUAAACAAGGGAAAGCUGGUGGAGACUUGGUUAAUGGCCUGAAACGGGAGAUUAAUUUCAGAGACUAUGAGUUCGCUACGAGAAAGACUGCUCCCUCACCAUCCAAACAACGAACCUCAAUUUUCCGGCUCAAUGCAUCGUCAGGGUGACUCAUUCUUGGGGAAUAAUGAUGAGGUUUCUGUUCAGCAACAAACCAACUAUCUGCGAAACUUAGCUGAAAACAUCCAUACUGAAGGUACUGGACAGAACGUGCCACUCAGCAUAUCUCCAGUUCAAGUGAGCAGUAUCCUCGCUGAAAUAACACAGGGGCAAGAGUUUCCUUGUCAUUCACCUACCCUUGAUUAUUCUUCCGGCUUCUUUGAAAGGUCUGGUAGUACGGAUGUACGGUCGUCAUCUUCAGCGUUGAGUAUCGGAAACACUUCGGGUAGUUCCGCUAUGACAUCGAGCGUCCCGAGAAUCUUCGGAACGGGCAGCCAACAGGACAGGCUUCCGUUUCCUUAUAGUCAAAACGCUGGCCAAAUAAUAUCCUCGCCGAAUUUUCUGACUAGUGACGGUGGUGGAACUUCUCCCUUUGGCUUUGCACAAAGUGAUCGAAUUAGAAGCUAUCCUCGACAAGAUGUGUCGAGUGACUUGGCUGGAAUCACGCCGUUUAAUUCCGGCUCCAAGAUCGAUAUUGAUCAAUAUUUGCGUCCAGAUCUGGAAGUAAAGUUUUGUGAUCUGGAAGAUCGUGUAUUUGAGAAACAACAGAGCCGUAAAGACAAGAAAGCACGCCAAAGAAUCAUUAAUGGAAAGGUGAAGUUUCUAGUACGAUCUGAGCGUCCGAUUGAAAAGGUGAAGGCCUGGGUAAGAAGAGAGGAAAAUGCUGCAAAGUUAGAAAAGGAUGCUAAUGGUAUGGUUGAGAUUGAAACUGACUUUCUGAGGAAAUUUAAGGAAAGCGGUCAUAUAUAUCAGGAAUAUCAGGUAGAUCUGGACUCAGUUUACAAGAUGGAGGGUUCUGAAAGACCAGUCUACAAAUUAGCAAAAGUUCAUACACAGGAGAGGAACCUGUUUGAACUGUUGGUCCAAGCUGUCUUUGGUGACAGCGAAGCCAGUGAGCAAAUCAAGUCCAAGCCUUUCUUGAUAAAGACUAAGAGAUUGAAUGAUGAGCUGCCAGAACCUGAUCCUCAUUCCAAACGCAUGAGGCCAAGCACUUGUCCAACCAGCUCAUCAAGAUGGAACCGAGGAAAACAAUCUGCAAAAUACAUCCCUUUGCGAAAUGAGGCAGAUUCAACAGAUGUAACGUCUCCAUUAUCGCUGAGUUCUGCGGCCUCCAGGAACUCUCCUUCAAGUUCGGAAGGUGAAACCAACCAUGUGGAUGAUCUUGUGGUGAAUCAUUUGAAAGCCCAACAAGCAAACAUUGACAACCUGACAGUCACCUUUCUGUUGCAAACACGAAGAGGUGAUAUCGCGUACCAUUUACGACUAACCAAACCGAGCUUGUACCAGACCCUAGACGAAGGGGUAGUGGUGGGUUUUUUCCCCAACGAUGAGGGAAUGGCUCAGAUUGAACCGCUGAGCAGUGAGAAUGCGACACGAGCGGUAAUGGCCGGGGUGAUCAGCAGGUCAGCAUACGUAGAAGCACAUGCUCCGUCGGAAAAAGAAAUAGGAGAAACAGAUAUUAUAUGUGUAAUUGGAAUGGUGAAGGUACUGAUUGUUGGGUCUGCGCAAACUGGUGAACGCAUCUAUGCUUCCACAGACAACCCAGGAACAGGGAUCGCUGAGUCCCAUUUGCCCCUGGGGGCUCACAUAUUUAGGGAUCACACCCUUCUGGGCAUGGCUAUGGAGCCAUGCAAGCCUCGCUACCACGAUGAAGCAAACCUGGUCAAGUGUUUUGUGUGUAUUGUGCUGGGAAUCAACAGUCAGCAGCUGUCCAGCGAGGUAGAGAACAUCAUGGAAAAUGUCGACAUGGACAUCAAAGCGGCCAUUGGAAAGUCUAACAAGAGAAACUGCCGACGGUUGUUCUUUUUCAUCGCUGGCUUCAUCAUUUUCCUUGGACUCCUGGGAUUUUUACUGUACGAAGUACUCACUCCGGGAACUCGCUUCCGCUACUUCCUGUGUCAGACUGGGUCUAAUCGUAAGCAACCAAACCUGGAGUGUACUUAUGAAGAUGCCUAUGUGAAAAUUCAAGACGUUUACAUACCUUUUGACCUUGAUAACCUCAAGACGAAAAUACCAUAUGGCGAGAGAAAGCCUGAGAAACUUAAUCCGAAUAUUAUAAAUCUCGCAGGGCCACCAAUCUAUUUUCUGAACUUCGACCGCUGUGCGUAUGGCGGGCGCCAUGACAGUAGCAUGUACACACCGGAACAUGCCAAACCGGUUUGUGGACCUCCGUACCUGGCAUCGUCCGGCAACUGCUCAGAAGUGUUUACAUUCAGUUGGGGAGUGUGGAAAGUUAUGAGAAAAACGAGGAGAAACGGCACUGACAAUGAUAGAUCUAUUAUCAAGUGUUCGUGUAAUGGAAGCAGAAUUUUAAUCAUCCAGUGGAUUGUCCUUCUUUUGCUAUCCUUCAGCGCUUGUUGUCUAGUCGCGAACUUUUGAAGAGUUGAGACAUUUCUUUUAGUUUCGUGAACGAAUUUCGAGCCAAAAUUUCUCUUCCCCUCUGCUAAUGACAAUUGUUUUUUGUUCUCACGCCCACAGCACGUGAUCUGAGUAAUUUUAAAAUCAUGUGUAGUUUGUGAAAGUUGAGAUAACGUGAGGUCUUGAAUUUGAGGUUGAAGUGGAAGGGUAAUUUUUGAUUGAAUUUCGAAAGAGAGCCGGAUAACUUUGGUUUUGAUUUACUUCGCCUUAGUGAUUGGCAUAGGAAACUCGCGCCAUGCUCAAAAAAAUCAGACGUUAAACAAAAUUCAGUUGUGACUUCGUCGCUCGCGUUUUCCCGAACUUUUGUUUUUUUUGCCUCUCUUUACUUGAGUUUUCAUUGGCUAUUUAUGAUGCAAACCUUUGUUAAGAUUAUCCGUUGCGAUUACUAUGGUUUUAGUUUUUGGACAGUCAGUUGAAAACUGAUUUGUUAAGUUGAACUAGUUUUAGAGUCCUCUGUUCUCAUAAAUUUUUCGCUUGCUUUUGUUAGGAGGUUAGGACUUUUUGAAGGCU